UUUUCCUUUUGUUUUUUUGGAUCUGUCCCCCCCUCUCUCACACACACUUCUCUAGAAUCUUCUGUUCUGUUGUGUAAUUUAUCUCACCGGAGCUUCAUCGCCGGAGGAAAGACAUGGAUGACGAUCCGUCGUUCCAAAAUUUGGGGAAUGUUGCUAAGGCUAAAGGAUUCAACCCGGGAUUGAUUGUUCUGCUUGUUAUUGGGGGGAUAGUUCUGACAUUCCUAAUCGGAAAUUAUGUUCUCUACAUGUAUGCUCAGAAGACCCUUCCACCCAGAAAGAAGAAGCCAGUCUCCAAGAAGAAGAUGAAGAAGGAAAGACUGAAGCAAGGCGUCUCUGCGCCAGGAGAGUGAACUUCAAUAAGUGUUACCUAUCCAUCUCUCUGCGCUGAACUGUGUUCGAAACAUUUCAUGCGUUUCAUGUAUGUCGAGAGUUCUGUUGUUUCUCUUUUUAGCUUUCAAAGUCGGAAAUUUUAACUUGGAAGUUCAGAAUCAGUGCUAUGUUUGGAUAGAUUAGUUACCUACAGAAUGCACAUUAUCCUUUUUAAAUAUUUAUAUAGAUAAUUAAGCAAGUCGAACUAAACUCGAUUUUUAAUUA